AUUUCCCAUUAUGCAACACCGAUGACAUUCGAAAAUCAAGAGGUCACCAAUGGCUGCCUCCAUAGGAGAGAUGUGUGGAAGAGGUUUAUUUUGCUGGGUCAAAACUAUAAACGUUUGGGCUGUCAGACUGAAAAGACACGCUAAAAGAAAUGUACACAGCUCCAGUACACAUUACCAGCUCAAGACUCAGAUUAAAACAAAACGAAUACCAGAAUGGGCAGGAGUGGUGGGACUUGAAAUCCAUGUUCAGAUUUCAUCACAGUCCAAACUCUUCUCUGGCUCCCGGGUCCAGUUUUCAGCACCUCCAAACUCCUUAGUUUCAUUCUUUGAUGCAUCCUUACCUGGUACAUUACCUGUUCUCAACAGACAUUGUGUUGAAGCAGCAGUGAUGACAGCCUUUGCACUGAACUGCUCUAUCAACAAGAAGUCUUUGUUUGACAGAAAACACUACUUCUAUGCAGACUUGCCUGCUGGUUAUCAAAUUACGCAGCAGAGACUUCCCAUUGCUGUUAAUGGGACACUAACGUACAGUCUUGGCUUGGGACAGAAGUGGAACCAGAUGGUUACAAAGAGUGUAAGAAUUAAGCAGAUACAGCUAGAGCAAGACAGUGGGAAAAGCCUUCAUGAUGAGACAAGGAGUCGAACGUUCAUUGAUCUGAACAGAGCAGGAGUUGGACUGAUAGAGAUUGUCAUGGAGCCUGACAUGAGCUGUGGAGAGGAAGCGGCUGCUGCAGUAAGAGAAAUCCAACUGAUUCUGCAGACACUUGGGACAAGCCAGGCAAACAUGGCAGAGGGGCAAAUGAGGGUUGAUGCCAAUGUUUCUGUCCAUCAUCCUGGGGAGCCUUAUGGUGUGAGGGCUGAAGUGAAGAACAUAAACAGUGCUCGCUUCCUGGCUAAAGCAAUCGAUUAUGAAAUUCAAAGGCAAAUUAAAGUGCUUGAAAAUGGAGGAGAGAUUUUAAAUGAAACAAGAGCAUUUGACGAUAAAACAGGGCGGACAGUACCUAUGAGGGAUAAAGAAGGAAAGCAAGACUACAGGUUCUGUCCAGAACCAAAUCUUCCACCUUUGAUUCUGUAUGACAACCAGACUAUUCCUGCACAUGUUGACGCUCAGCAAGUAAUUAACAUCGAUUGGCUCAGAGAGCAGCUGCCUGAAAUGCCAAGUGCUAAAAGGGAACAUCUUGUUCAGCAGUAUGGAAUUCUUCCAGAGCACAGCUUCACCCUGGUGAAUGAAGUCGGAUUGGUGGAAUACUUUCAGAGAGUUGUUGAGCAGACACAGUCUAAUCCAAAGAAAGUGAUUGGUUGGAUUAUAAAUGAGCUUCUGGGCCACUUGAAGCAGUGCAACCUCCCAGUCAAACAAAGCCCCAUCAGUAGUGCAUCCUUAUCAGAGCUCCUUAACUUGUUGGAAAAGGGAAGCAUUUCAUCUUCUGCAGCAAAACAGGUGUUUCAAGAAAUGUGGAACAAUGAAGGGAAGUCUGCAGCAGAGAUAGUUAAAGAGAAAAAUCUGGGACUAAUCCAGGACCAAAAAGAACUGGAGAAGAUUUGUCAGACUAUUAUUAAAGGGCAGCAGGAAGUGGUUUCAGAAUACAGGAAAGGGAAUAAAAAAGUUCUGAAUAAACUAAUUGGGCUUGUCCAAAAAGCCACACAAGGUCGGGCGGAUCCUGUUGUAGUCAAGGCAAUCUUGGAAGAAGCGUUGUCCUGAUUGAUUGCUGCACAAUGGAAGUAACCUCAGAGAAUGCACUGCCUCUGUACAGUUGUGUGUCUGUUCAUAAAGUGAACUGAUUGGCUAUAUGAAGAUGUCCCCCCUAACCCUCCACACGAGGUGAAACAUCCAAGCUCUGCUUUAUUAACUAAAAAUAUAAUAGAAUGCGAAUUACCUUAAAAGGGUAUUGAUUGAUGUAUAAAAAACCUGAGCUAAGUUUGUCUUGAGUGUUUUUCCACUUUGCAAGAAUAGUCAUCUGAAAAUGUGUAUUUUCUGUGUUGUAGCAGAAUGUCUGAACUGUGUACUUGCAGUAAUAGCCUUGUGCUAACUGCCUAGACCUUUUGUACAAUGAAAGUGCCCUAAUGGAAGUGCUUGUGCUUAGCAUUGUUCAGCGUGUGUUUAUGUGAGCUAUAAUGCUUGUGAAAGUCUCAAAUAAAAUCUGGAAUAGCUGUG